GUCUUCUGAAACCGGCUCAAGUUCAACAAUCGGGUCCAACAAAGCCAUUCUGGGGUAGUUUAGACCGACGAGGCAGCAUCUUGCGUUAUGUGCCGGACUUCGCCUCGAGCAAGUCUGAGGACUGGCUGCGGCGCCUUCAGUCUUUACCCUUUUCGCAGGGUCGCGUGAAAGUGUUUGGCAAGGAGUAUGAUGAGCCCAGAUUGACUUGUUACUUUGGAGACAAACCUUACACCUAUUCUGGACGCACUAUCAAGCCGAUGCCGUGGUCGCGAGCACCUGUUCUCCAGGACAUUCGCAGGCAAGUCGAAAAAGUUACAGGAGAAACCUUCAACUCAGUGCUCUGCAACAGAUACAGGAAUGGAAAUGACACGAUGGGCUGGCAUGCUGAUAACGAGCCCAUUUAUGGGAUGAGGCCCACCAUCGCAUCUGUAACCUUCGGUGCAGAGAGGGACUUCGAUUUGAGAGAAGGAGCAGGCCAUGCUGGUGGCGACGUUGGCAGGAUACGAGUUCGGCUGGCACAUGGCAGCCUCUUGGUGAUGUCUGGAGCAACACAGGAAUGCUGGCAACACUCUCUGCCAAGGCGCAAGGGCCUGAAGGAAGAGCGCAUCAACCUGACCUUCCGCAAAAUUAUCGUUGCCACAGAGCUUAUCUUGGAGCAAUGUUGGACCAUUCGUGGCUCUCAGCGCGGGGCGGUUGAUGCAUCUCAUCUGUGCCAGUUGGGCAUCAACUGGGAGACGGGCUUCGAAUCCUCAGGGCUGCAGUGGAAGAGUCCUUUGCCGGGAGAGACAGAGAGGUACUUGAUAGCCAGUUUCCCCAAGGACUUUAAGAUCAGCUAUGCCAGGCUUCCGGAUCCCACGUGGCGGCCGUUGAUUGUCCACAAUGUAUCGAACCCCGCAGCAAUGGCUGUGGAUGAGCAGAACAGGAGGCUAUUUGUGGCAGACCCCACAGCCAGCAAAGUGUUCUGGUAUAAGCUGAAGGUUUUGCCGAGCAAGUUCCUGGUUACGGAUGGAGUGCAGCGCGUUGCUGCAGAGAAUGUGGUCGCCAAGGGUCUGGCCGUGAGCCAGGCUGGGGAUCUCUUUAUCGCUGGCCGUCUGGUUGCGAGCCCGCCCCUAACGGGGCAUAGUGCCAUCUACAAGAAGGCAGCGGAUGCGUUGGAGGGGACUCCUACGCCCCUGAAGCGGCUCUGGACAGCCGGGGAUGGCUCCUGGAUACCAGUGUUGCUCGAGGACGGAUCUCCUGCGACAUCUGAGCCCAUGAGCCCAUCAACGCCGGAGAUUUAUCAGCCCGGACCGUUAGCUGUGGACAUGUUUACGCUCUACUGGGGGAAUGCCAUCAAAGGCAACGCCAGCGCGUUGGCCCGUGGUCCUCAGACUGUUCCAGCCCCACUUCCCGGGGGUGCCGCUGCCCCGAAGUCCAAGGCAGGUGCCCACGCACUCGCCAACAACUUACAGUCGGUCACAGGCUUGGCUGUCACGUCUUCUGGCAUUUUCUAUGCUGGGCGUCCAACACGGGGCCGGCCUGGUAUCUUUGCUUUGAGGAGCAAGGACAGUUUAGAUGGCUGCGCGGCAGAUGACAGCUGCGUGCACCGCGUCGCUCAGGUGCCGAAUCCGGUCGACAUGUGCUGGGAUGGCGAUGCCACGCUGUUUGUGGCUGACGCAGGUAGUGGUGCCGUCGUGUCCAUUCCUUCCAGUACAGCGAGUCGACACGCCGUGGCGAAGGUGGCAGAUGCCCUUGGAGUGCAUGCCAUCUCCAUGCUCACCGUGCCCAGCGCAGCAAUGAAGGAGCUCUGGCGCUGGGCCGAGCCCAAUGGCUCUGCAGCCCUGGCAUUGGGCGGCGCCAGCAAUGCAGCUGCGGCCGUCCAGAGCGGAGCACUGCUUGGGGCACGAGUAUCCCAUGUAAUAUCCGUUGGAUCCUACAGGAAUUUCAAGGCACUGACGACCAUGCAAUUGGAGAAUGACCAUGCUGACAUACAGCUGCAGUAUUUUCAAAUGUCUGAUUGGCUUCGGCCGGAUGAGCGUUUGGAUCUGAGACAUGAUCUAGCAGAGCCUCUUCAGGCCUUGCAGGCCGCAGUGCAGCCCGCCGGCUCGCACGGCGAUCGGGUGGUGCUGCUUCACUGUGAUCAGGGCCACAACCGUUCGCCCACCUUGGCCCUGGCGUUCUUCUUGUGCAAUGGGCACACAUUGCGCGAGGCUUAUUGCCGACUCCUACGUGUGAGAAUGGAUGUCGAUCCUUUGCCACCUUAUCGGCGAGGUCUUGAGAAACUCGAAGCUGAGCUGCGCGGCGAGUGCAGCAGCGUUUCCGAGCACGAUAUUUUCGCCCUUCACGUUACAGAGCUGAUGAGCCUUCCAAAUCUUCACGAGCUGGCAGAAACUUGUGACAUGCUUAUGAAACAUGUUUUUUUUGUUGGGGAGGUUCUUAGGCUUUUGUUUUGUUUCUUUCUGGCCUUAGGUCCGCCGCUCCCCCCUCCAGCUCCUCCAGCCCCGCCUCCAGGGCCGGCGGAGGCGCUACGGUCGGACGACGAGGAGCGAGAGGCGUGGCGACGCGAGCUUCGCACAAUCCGCAGCGCUGCGGUGCUUUGUGCAAAGCAGGAAUGGUGA